ACCAAAUGGCGAGUUUUUUUUUCAAGGCAGAGGAAAUCCUUAGGAAAUGUGUGGGAUCACGCUCUGCGUUUCCAAGUAGCCUGAGCGUUAUUGACAGUUUAUUUUAAUUUCGUGACGGCAGUUUGCUGUGCCUACACAACGUCCGGUCCAAACACGGGUGUGGUGGCCGACAACUAAAGGGGGGGAAUAGGGGAAGCGACCGUCGUUAGGUCAAAAUGUCGAUUCAGUACGAGGUGGAACAGCUGGCUGACAGCUACGGGGUUGCGGACUCGUUCCCCAAAGAUUUCGGGUAUGGCGAAGAGGAGGCCGACAUCGAGGACAGCCCGGCGCCGUCCGACAGCAAACCCAGAAUCCUGCUCAUGGGUUUGAGGAGGAGUGGGAAAUCGUCGAUACAGAAGGUGGUGUUCCACAAAAUGUCUCCCAAUGAAACCUUGUUUUUGGAGAGCACCAACAAGAUCUACAAAGACGACAUCUCCAGCAGCUCUUUCGUCAACUUCCAGAUCUGGGAUUUCCCCGGCCAAGUUGACUUCUUUGAUCCCACCUUUGACUACGAGAUGAUCUUCAGAGGAACCGGGGCAUUGAUAUUUGUCAUUGACGCUCAGGAUGACUAUGUGGAGGCUCUUGGCAGGCUACAUCUCACCGUGUCACGAGCCUACAGAGUCAACCCAGAGAUCAACUUUGAAGUGUUUAUACAUAAAGUGGACGGCUUGUCAGACGAUCACAAGAUCGAAACCCAGAGAGACAUCCAUCAGAGGGCCAACGAUGACCUGGCAGACGCUAGCUUAGAGAAGCUGCAUCUCAGCUUUUACUUGACGAGUAUUUAUGACCACUCCAUCUUCGAGGCCUUCAGCAAAGUGGUGCAGAAGCUCAUUCCUCAGCUCCCCACCUUGGAGAACCUCCUAAAUAUCUUCAUUUCUAAUUCAGGGAUAGAGAAGGCCUUUCUGUUCGACGUGGUCAGUAAGAUCUACAUAGCCACGGACAGCUCUCCUGUAGACAUGCAGUCCUACGAACUGUGCUGCGACAUGAUUGAUGUAGUUAUCGACGUCUCCUGCAUCUAUGGUCUGAGGGAGGAUGGCAGCGGCAGCGCCUAUGACAAGGAGUCCAUGGCUAUCAUCAAGCUCAACAACACCACUGUGCUGUACCUGAAAGAGGUCACCAAGUUCCUGGCGCUUGUUUGCAUCCUGAGAGAAGAAAGCUUCGAACGCAAAGGAUUAAUAGACUACAACUUCCACUGUUUCCGGAAGGCCAUCCAUGAAGUAUUCGAGGUGGGCGUUUCCACUCCACGUCCGGUGGGUCCACAGGCAGUGGGCUCGCCUUGCACCAAGGCGGUCGCCCUCAACGGCACGCCCCGCAACACUGUCUAGACACUGAGAGAAAGUAAAAAGUAAAAAGACGUUUAAAAAAAAAAAAAAGAGGGUGGAGGACAGGAAUGAUGGAGAAGGG